CACGGGCUGUUCUCCCUUUGGGGCCCGUCACGGGCUGGGUGCUGAUUGGGGUCAGCAGUGACAGGCAGCAGGACAGUGGGCGCAGCAGGCUCAGGGCACCUCAGGCAUUUCAGGCGGCUCCUCUUGCUCUGGGGAAGGGACGCAGAGGCCCCGCGCACCCCAGCGGGGCUGGAGCCCUGGCACGCUGGGUGCUGGUGUCAAGGCAGAGUGCAGCAGGGCCAGUUACAAGGUGCACUUGGCUAGCAGCUCAGCUCUUGGUUGCUCCAGUGAAGGACAGCAUGGCAAAGAGGGUCGCGAUCAUCGGAGCGGGGAGCAGCGGGCUGUGCGCCAUCAAAGCCUGCCUGCAAGAGGGGCUGGAGCCCGUCUGCUUCGAGAGGAGCAGGGACAUCGGAGGCCUGUGGCGGUUUGAGGAGCAACCCGAGGAGGGCCGCGCCAGCAUCUACAAGUCUGUCAUCAUCAACACCUCCAAGGAGAUGAUGUGCUUCAGCGACUUCCCCAUCCCUGAUGACUUCCCCAACUACAUGCACAACUCCAAGAUCAUGGAGUACUUCCGCAUGUACGCGCAGCACUUCGACCUGCUCCGACACAUCCGCUUCAAGACCACCGUGUGCCACGUGGCAAAGCGCCCCGACUUCGCCGUCACCGGCCAGUGGGACGUGGUCACCGAAAGUGGUGGGGAACAGGAGUCUGCCAUCUUCGACGCCGUGCUGGUGUGCAGCGGGCACCACACUGACGCACACCUCCCGCUACACACCUUCCCAGGCAUCGAGAAGUUCAGGGGCUGCUACCUCCACAGCCGAGACUACAAGAACCCUCAAGCUUUCACGGAUAAGAGGGUCAUUGUCAUCGGGAUCGGGAAUUCGGGGUCGGACCUGGCUGUGGAGAUCAGCCAAACAGCCAAGCAGGUCUUCCUGAGCACUCGGCGGGGUGCGUGGAUCCUCAACCGUGUUGGAGAUGAGGGAUACCCCAUUGAUAUUGUCCUCACCACCCGCAUGAAGAAUAUCCUUGCGAACCUGCUGACCCCAUCCAUGGUGAGCGACUGGUCAGAGAAGCGGCUGAACGCAAGAUUCGACCACUCGCACUACGGCGUGAAGCCAAAGCACAGGAUCCUCCACCAACACCCAACCGUCAACGAUGACCUGCCCAACCGCAUCAUUUCAGGCAGGGUGAAGGUCAAGCCAAAUGUCCGGGAAUUCACAGCAACUGCUGCCAUCUUCGAGGAUGGCACCAAGGAAGAUGACAUCGAUGCCGUGAUCUUUGCCACGGGAUACAGUUUCUCCUUCCCCUUCCUCAAGGAUUGCGUGACAGUGGUGGAGAACCAGAUCUCCCUGUACAAAUACAUGUUCCCUGUCCACCUGGAGAAGCCAACACUGGCUUUCAUCGGCCUCAUCCAGCCCCUGGGUGCCAUCAUGCCCAUCUCUGAGCUCCAGUGCCGAUGGGCAACCCGCAUCUUCAAGGGGCUCAACAAACUGCCUCCCAGGCACGACAUGGAGGCUGACAUCAAGCAGAAGAAAGAAGAGAUGGCCAAGCGGUACGUGCAGAGCCAGCGGCACACCAUCCAGGUGGAUUACAUCCCCUACAUGGACGAGCUCGCCUGCCAGCUGGGCGUCAAGCCCAACCUGCUCACACUCUUCCUCACUGACCCCCGGCUGGCCAUGGAGGUGCUGUUUGGCCCCUGCAGCCCGUACCAGUACCGCCUGCAGGGCCCGGGGCGGUGGGAUGGCGCCCGGCAGGCCAUCCUCACCCAGCGGGAGCGCAUCAUCAAGCCCUUGAAGACGAGGCAGGUGGACGAAGGCACCUCAUCCUCCUCAGUACCGCUCUUGGCCAAGCUGGUUGGGGUUGUGGCUGUCGUUGCCAUUCUUUUCACUUACCUGUAGAUUCUCGCUCCCAGCUGUGCUGCUGGAGGGAAAGGGAAGCUUUCAAACGUGGUGAGGGACCAGCCAGCACACCUGCAUGCUGGAGACCUCCUCCUGCCCAGCACACCCACGGGAGCACCAUAGCACAGCCUAGCAGCAGCAGCCCAGACCCAACAGCCCCCAAAGUCUCCCCAGCUGCUGGGAAAGCCAGGGCUCUGCGCAAGACCCCGGGUGAAGGGCAGCCCCAACACGUCCCCUGUGGGUAUAGGGCACCUGCAGCUGCUCUGUGCCUCCUUCUGGGAGCCGCAUCUGCAAACGUGCAAGAAAAGAUGCUGACACUCAGUGUGAAAUCAGUCCCUCUUCGCAAUGCUUUAGCCUAAAUGGGGACUUGCUGGGCUUUUCUGUCGCCUCAUGUAAUUGCAACGCAGCACCUUAACAAAUCUAACACUGUAACUAAAGGCAAAGGCACUAGGAACUUUCUUUCUCAAUUAAAGAGCAUUAAAACAA